GGGCGAACGGAGCGCUCAGAGCUGCUCCGGCCGCGGCCCUGGGAACUGGAGGAGCCGCGACUCAGCAGGCAUGACUGGCGAGGGAAGUCCCAAUGGUGCUAGAAUGGUGCUGCAGUGGCAGAAGACGGCUCACGAGUGAGGUCUCUGGAAGAACAACAGGGAAGACAUCCAUCAUUUGCUCCAAAGUGUGCAAGUCAAAUCCUGGGGAGAAUCAUGAUAACCCUGAUCACUGAGCAGCUACAGAAGCAGACUCUGGAUGAGCUGAAAUGCACACGCUUCAGCAUCAGUCUGCCUUUGCCUGAUCAUGCAGACAUCUCCAACUGUGGGAACCCUUUCCAGCUUGUGUCUGAAGGUGCUUCCUGGAGGGGCCUGCCCCACUGUUCCUGUGCUGAGUUCCAGGACAGCCUCAGCUUCAGCUACCACCCCUCAGGCUUGAGCCUGCACCUCAGACCACCAAGUCGGGGAAACUCCCCACAGGAGCAACCUCUCUCCCAAGUCCUAAGCCCUGAGCCCCCAGACCCAGAGAAGCUUCCUGUGCCCCCUGCCCCUCCAUCCAAAAGGCACUGCCGCUCACUCUCAGUGCCCGUGGACCUGUCUCGCUGGCAGCCGGUGUGGCGGCCCGCCCCCUCCAAGCUGUGGACUCCCAUCAAGCAUCGGGGCAGUGGUGGAGGGGGUGGGCCGCAGGUGCCUCACCAGAGCCCCCCAAAGCGGGUCUCCAGCCUCAGGUUCCUCCAAGCUCCCAGUGCCUCUUCUCAAUGUGCCCCAACCCACAGGCCCUACAGCCCUCCUUUCUUCAGCUUGGCCCUAGCCCAAGAUUCUUCUCGACCCUGCGCUGCCUCCCCUCAGAGUGGCUCCUGGGAGAGUGAUGCUGAGUCCCUCUCGCCUUGCCCACCCCAGCGCCGCUUCUCGCUGUCACCCAGCCUGGGCCCACAGGCAAGCCGCUUCUUGCCCUCUGCCCGGAGCUCCCCUGCAUCCUCCCCGGAGCUGCCCUGGCGACCUCGAGGUCUGCGCAACCUUCCCCGAAGCCGAUCACAGCCUUGCGAUUUGGAUGCCCGCAAAACUGGGGUCAAGCGACGGCAUGAGGAGGACCCCCGGCGGCUGCGGCCUUCCUUGGACUUUGACAAGAUGAAUCAGAAACCAUACUCAGGAGGUCUCUCUCUCCAAGAAACAGCCCGGGAAGGCAGCAGCAUCUCUCCACCGUGGUUCAUGGCCUGUAGCCCCCCGCCCCUCUCUGCUUCCUGCAGCCCCGUUGGGGGUUCCUCCCAGGUGCUGAGUGAAAGCGAAGAGGAGGAGGAGGGGGCCGUCCGGUGGGGGCGGCAGGCGCUGAGCAAGCGGACACUGUGCCAGCAGGACUUUGGGGACCUGGACUUGAACCUGAUUGAGGAGAACUAAAACCGAGAGGCUGCUUCCUGGGGCCACACAGACUGAUUCUCUUAUGGCUACUAACAAGUGUCGAGGCUCCAAGGCUGGGAGUCCAGCCUGGGAAUGGGGGUGAGUGGAGGGCUCCGACUCAGGGCAGCCGGAAAUCUUCUCACUCCAGCAAGCUCGACCAUGCCAAGAGACUGGCCAGGACAAGAUAAACGGAGCUGGUGGCGGGAGGGACAGCCCCAGAGCAGACCCUUCCUAUGGCGGCCCUGAGUGUGAGUAUCCCUGCCACCAAGAGAGCAAUGGGCAGGGAAGGAAGGGGUCUACUGACCCCACCUCGGGGAAUUUCACUAGCCCCUUUGCUUCAAAGGGCACUUGUGUCUUAGAAUUUGGCCAGGGUGGGGGGUUCAGCCUCCAUGGAGAAACUGUGUGAGAGUGUGUGUGCAUGGGAGUGUACUUGAGCAAUGGUGUGUUUGCGUAGCCUUAGGGAAGGAAGGCGACAGCUCCUUAACAGCAGAGCAUCGUGACACCCCCAGGAGCUUGAGUUUUUGUAGGACAGUGGGCUUGUUCAGGGAGUCGAGAGGAGGGCUCCACGUUUUCCUUUUUUCUAAAUAGCUCUGGAACCAGGCUUGUAGUCCAUAGCAUCACUGGCUCUGCACGGGAUUCUGUGUUGGGGUACAGCAGGGUGUUUUAAGUGCUCUGAUCUCAGCGAAUGGUCUUUUCCUCAACCCCAACCCCUCCCCACUAGGUAGAUGUAAUAUUGCAGGCUGCAGGGGGUUGCCAUGUAUAAUCUGAGCUGGCCUUUUUUCUCACCAGAUUGUCUAGUCUGUGUACAGCCUGCCUCUCUUGCUCUCAUGUGCAAGCACACGUGGACAACCGAGGCAGGGUUGAAGGGCUCCACCUCUCUCUUCUCUUCGGAGGGAACCCUUUCUCUUUUCCCCCUCACCCACUGACACCCCAGAUCAGAGCCAAGGUAGGAAGGCCCUGUACUGGUCCUUCUGUACUGCGGCAGCAGAACUGACAUUCAGUCCCUGCAGGCAGGAGAGCGCUCAGUCCAGCCCUGCCCUUUGGAAACAGACCGCUGGGAAACCAGUUCUUACAAGAUCUGGGCCCAGCCUCUUCUGUAACCUGCUUGAGAAGGAGGAAAGGGUGUUCAGCAUUUAAUAGUUUGCUUGUCUUCCACUUCUGCCAGGAAAUGUUUAUUUGCCUCUAAUUGGCCCUGAGGGACUGCAGGGAGGUAGCGGCUCACUGAGGGAUUGGCUGAGGAUGUGUAAAGCAGAGGCUGUGAGAAGCAGUUGGGAGUUUGUUGUUGUUGGACUGAAUUUCCUUUUUUGUUUCUCACCCACUACUUGAUCCAGGGCAGCAGGUUCCAGUGGCCACAGCGAUGGGCUCAAGGGCAGGAGGUACUUUGGUAGGGCUGGCACCAGGAGAAAAGCAUACAAAAGCUGCUGUCAGAGUAGUUUGUGGGGCUUUGUCCAGCUUUGGUUAGACCCAACAUGGCCAAAUUGGACUUGCCCUUCAUGUUUAUUGCAAGAAGGGCAUUUUUCUCUUUAUUUUUUCAGGAUAUCUUAGGACCCAAUUCCUCAAGGUAGGGAAGAAGACCAGGGUCUGUGUUUUCUUCCUCACAGAAUUGAACCUGACGUUUUCUGGGUCUCCCACAUGUUGGAUAGGAGCAUCAGUGAGGCUUCAGCCUCCUCACCUCCACGCCAGAGGGGUGGCCGUGUCUUCUUGAGCUUCUAGCCCCCAGAGGUUCUGCCCUUCUAGGGCUCCUCCCCUUCUCCUGGCUGGUGACCACGUGUUGCCCCUAGGCUACCAGGUCCUUAGGGGCCUGCGGGAGGCUCUCUGGAGAACCCAGGGAAGCUGUGAGCCCAGGAGUUGCCCGUCCUUGGUUGCAUCCCUCUCCUGGCUCCUCUUCUUUGGGCCAUAAUUUCCCUGGUGCCAGCUUCUUUUCCUCCUGGGCCAUCCUCAUCCCUGGGCCCUCUGCUGCAGAUUGGCUGUGCCAGCCUCCAGGAGGCCACUGGCAAUGCCAAUGGGGUCUCUGUAGGCCCUAAACUGAAGAAGUGAGGGCAAUAAUUCUGCCUCCAUCAGGGCUUCCCCAGAGUCCUGGAGCACCAUCCUUAGGGGAGGAGGUCUACAGUUACUGUGUUGUAAUACUAUUACUUUAAGUCUGGAAAGUUAAACUAGUCAGAACUAUCAUCUGCUUCCCAAUCUCGGCACCUGUGGCCCUGGAGCAAGCCUUUUCAAGAAGUGGUUCAUUUUGCUUUACACAGUAGGUCUGUUUAAACAGUGCUGUGUAAACCAAAUGCUGUUCUGAUGCAUUUGGACUGCUGACCAUUUAAAAGCAGCCUAUGAUUGCUUCUGUUGUAAAGCAAGCAACUUCCCUCUACUCUAGCUGUUUUGACUAUUUGGAUUUCACAUCUUGGGCUCACCCAGAGUGGUGCACACCUCCAGGGCUUGUUGCUGACGCUGGGUAGACGUCUGCAUCUGUGCUGUGUGUGUGGCGUGGCUGGCCAGUAGGUGAGUAUUCCUGCGUGUGUGAGUGAAGCCACUCCCAGGCUGGUGCUCUCCUCCUGUGCCCAGUGACUGCCCAGUGGCAGCCCCAGCUGCCCUUCACUCCCACCUGCUGCCAAAGUCCCUAUGCUAAUGGGAUUACAAAUACAAAAAGUGGAAAAAAAAUUUUUCGUAAACUUUGUUUUAUAUUAAAAAAAAUCCAUAAGUCUGUGUGUGUUAAACAUGAGGUUCUGCCUCUGUGGCUGUGUUUGAAAAAAUAAAGUUUUAUUAGAAUAAUC